AUGACCGCGGCCCUCGUGGAGAUGGACGACGUCCGCGCCUUCCUUCAGACGGAAGCUGCGCUGGAAGCCGAGUUUGAGGACAGCUUGGCCCGCAGCCCGUACUCGGUCGAGACGUGGACGUCGUACCUCAACUUGACCGCGAACGAGGUCGACGCGGCGACGCACAAGCUACCGGAGCGUCGCAUCAAGCUCUUUCGCCGGGCGCUCGCGCUCGUUCCAUUGAGCUACAAGCUCUGGAAGCGGUUCAUCGACGAGACGCACCAGUUGGUCCGCGGCCUGCGCAUCGACGCGCCCGAGUACAACGACCUUCGCCAGCUCUACGAAGACGCGCUUGUACACCUGCACAAGAUGCCCCGCAUCUGGCUCAACUACACGGCGCUUCUGCGCACGCUGCGCCUCGGCACGGCCACGCGCCGCGUCUUUGACCGCGCGCUACGUGCGCUGCCCAUCACACAGCACAAGCGCAUCUGGGGCCCGUACCUCGAGUUCGUGCACGAGCAGGGCGUGCAUCAGACGGCGAUCGCGGUCUACCGGCGCUACCUCAUGCUCGAGCCGACGGGCCGCGAGGCGUACGUGCGGUACCUCCAGUCCAUCGAGCAGUACGAAGAAGCCAGCGUGCAGCUCGUCCAGCUCAUCAACGACGACCAAGAGAGCACGAAGGCAUCGCGGCACGACCUGUGGAUGCUGCUGUGCACGAUGGUGUCGCAGCACCCGGAGCAGGUGUCGUCUACGCUGCACAUCGACCGUAUCCUCCGCAGCGGCCUCUCGCUCUUCACGGACGAGGUCGGGCGGCUCUGGUGCGCGCUUGCGACCUACUACAUCCGCCUCGGCAUGUUCGAGUCGGCGCGCGACGUCUACGAAGAAGCGCUGCUCGCGGUCCUCACGGUCCGCGACUUUAGUGUCAUCUUUGACGCCUACGUCAAGUUCAUCGAAGCCAUGAUCGCCGCGGAAAUGGACGAGACGAGCUCGGUUGAGGUCGACCGCCUCUUGCAGCUGUACGAAGAUCUCGCCGAGCGCCGGCCCAAGCUCGUGAACGCGGUGCUGCUGCGGCAGAACCCGCACUCGGUCAAGGAGUGGACCAAGCGCAUUAGCCUCAUGCACGACCCGAUCGCCGUCGUCCACACCUACACGGAAGCGCUCACCACGAUCGACCCCAGUCAAGCGACCAAGGUCAGCGGCCUCUGGAUCGCGUUUGCAGCCUUUUACGAGACCCACGGCGACGCGCCGAACGCGCGCAAGAUCUUUGCCAAGGCGCUCGCCGAAGGCAAGUUCAAGGCGGGCGACGAGUACGCGGCCAUCGUCUGCGCACACGCCGAGAUGGAGCUCCGCCUCGAAGAGUUUGAGAUGGCGCUCGAGAUUGUACGCGCCGGCUGCGGCAGCUACCGCAAGUCGAUGAAGCUCUGGGCACUGCGCCUCGACUUGGAAGAGAGCCUCGGCGACGUGCGCAGCACGAAAGCGGCGUACGACCGGACGUUUGAGCUCAAGAUUGUGACGCCGAGCAUGGUGCUGCAGUACACGGCGUACCUCCAAGAGAACGAGUUCUUUGAAGACAGCUUUCAGGUCUUUGAGCGCGCGAUCGCGCUCUUCCCGUUCCCGCACGUCUACGACAUCUGGCUCGCGUACCUCCAGAGCUUUGUGGCGCGCUACGAAGGCCGCAAGCUCGAGCGCGCGCGCGACCUCUUCAACCAAGUGCUGUCGCUUGUGCCGACGACGCCGAUCUCGACGUCCAGCGACAAGCCGAUCGACAUGGCGUCCGUGCUCUACACCGAGUACGCGCGCGUGGAAGAGACAUAUGGUCUCUGGCGCAACGCCCAAGCCAUCUACGAGCGAGCGACGAAUGCGCUCGAAGGGCCGUCGCAGCUGGCCAUGUACUCGCUGUACGUGGCCAAGGCGCAGGCGCUCUCGGGCGUUGUGCACACGCGCAAGAUUUACGAGCGCGCCAUGGAGCACCUGCCCGACGCGCUCGUGUGGAAGCUCGCGCUCAAGUUUGCGUCGUUCGAGACGGCGCUCGGCGAGCUCGAGCGCGCGCGCGCCGUGUACCGCCACGCGUCCCAGUUUUGUGACCCGCGCUUGCACGAAGUCGACUUUUGGUCGGUCUGGCACGCGUUUGAGAUUGGCCACGGCUCGGAAGACUCGUUCUUGGAGAUGUUGCGCAUCAAGCGCAGCGUGAGCACGCAGUACGCGCAGGUCAACUACAUUGGCGUGCAUGGCGCGGCGACGAGCCUCGGCAUGGUGCCGGCCGCCAAGACGGGGGACGCGAUGGUCGACCUCGAGCGCACCAACGUUGACGAGGACGAGGAUGCGCCGCCGGCCAAGAAGGCCAAGACGACGACGGCCAACGCCGAAGAGAUGGACCUGGACGACGACGACGAGGCGACCAAUGUCCACACGAACGCGGAAGAGAUCGACCUGGAUGACGACGAUAUGGAGAUUGAAGAGAAGAGCGUGCCAGCGGCCGUCUUUGGCCAGUAA